GCUCACGCGGGCUCGCGUCGCGUAUUCGGGCUGCAGGCACUCCGCGUCGGCACGGGGACGCUGCCCCGGGAAACAGACGCGCCCGUCUCUGACUUUGCGGGCUGCUUCGCUUGGCAAAGAGACGGCUACGUCUAUCGGACCGCUGCAGACCUUCCUCCUCCUCACCUUACGUGCGCUUCGGAGUCGCCCGAAGACUCUGCGCACGUGCGGUGGUUCCGCCUCAGCGUGAGCUAUUAGCGGAGCUCGCUUAUCAGCCCUCCCGCAACCUUCGGAGCCGUGCUUCGUCCCCGCGCUCGGCGAGCCGGCCUUGCUUCUGAGCAAUCCCUGCCAGACCUUUGAGACUGGGAGAAAAACGGCCCGUGUUUUCGGCGCUUGUCCAGCUCGCGGAAUUACUGCCUCCAAUCCUGAUAGAAGCUGUGUAUGAUUCGUUUUGACAUUUCCAAGUCCUGAGCAACAAGUUGACAUUGGGAUAAGACUUGUUGAAAGUUUGGUUUUGGGAGGCUUUCAGUUGCUUGUGAAACUCAUGGGGAUAGAGAACCCAUUAGGUAACAAGCAGAAAAAAGUUCCAUUGAUCCCAACAGAAAAUACCUCGCUCUGUAGGGUUGUGCAGGAUCAUUCAAGCCUGUAGUUUUGGAAAGUAGCAGAUGAUAGUUCAGAAAACGGACUGGGAAAGUAUGUAAUGGCAAGAUUUUCAUCUCCCAUGUUCAAAAAGGAUGUCGGCUCCUCAUGUGACAGUGUGUUUUUUGAAGACUGAAAUUGUCAAGACUGAAUUCUGUUUGAUGGCUCUAUUUCCAGAGCAAGUUAAAGGCAUUCUGGGCAGCACAAGCUCUGUUCAGUCCUUAAAGUUGGACUGGCUUGCCUUGCAGCUACAUGGGAAAUCCGUGGCUUUUAAAGGCAGAUUUUUUAAAUGUUACAACAGCAAGCUGCAUGUAACUAAGUAAAUACAGUGACACAUCUACAGUUACACAGAUCUGUCUUUCUGUGUAGUAGUCAGCAGAGGUAUUGCAAUAUUCCUGCAAGGCAUUCAUCCCCCUUUCAGGUAAAGCUCACCGAAGGCCACAAUGGAACGGUUUGGAGUGAAGUCCACUCCGUCACGUAACCGCUCGAAGACCGCUUUGUAUGUAACUCCUCAGGAUCGGGUAACUGAGUUUGGCAGCGAGCUGCAUGAAGACGGCGGAAAACUCUUCUGCACUUCCUGCAACGUGGUUCUGAAUCACGUCCGCAAAUCGGCAAUCAAUGACCACCUCAAGUCCAAAACACAUACAAAGCGGAAGGCGGAGUUUGAAGAGCAGAACAUCAGGAAGAAGCAGAGGACUCUGACUGCCUCCCUGCAGUGCAACAGCACUGCUCAGACAGAGAAAACCAACGUCAUCCAGGACUUUGUGAAAAUGUGCCUGGAAGCUAAUAUUCCUCUUGAGAAGGCCGAUCAUCCUUCUGUGCGAGCCUUCCUGUCUCGCUAUGUCAAGAACGGAAGUUCGAUACCUAAGUCAGAGCAGCUAAGGAAAGCGUACCUGCCCGACGGGUACGACAAUGAGAACCAACUCAUCAAUACUGAAGAUCGCUGAGAAGAAGACUGUUUUAAUCAUCGUUGUGAAGUUUUACAUAUUGAUGGUGUGGUUUAUUUUUAUAUUCAUGCAUAUAUACAGUGUUACAUAUUGGUUUUGCAAGCUAUCUUGUAUUGUAGAAAUGACAAUCUAUUUGUGAACUAAGUGGUAUGCCGGAGACUGUUGCUAACCCUGCUGUGGACUCGAGAGCUGCUUUGAUGUAGGACUCGCACUGAGUGCAGGGAACAUGCCUGGCGUACGUCCCGUCUGUGUUCAGUCCAGCUGUAACUGACGCUAAGAAAAAGGCACUUGGGUGGAGAACGUCCCUUACCUUAACUGUGCAUCUGAGUACAGGAGGAAGAGGAUGCAGUAGGAAUUGUUCAUCGCAUCGCUGGAUUGCUUUGUCCAGAAUCUUCUCCGUGAGUGACCAAGAAGUCUGCACGUUAAAAAUGGAAGAGGCUGUAAAAUGGUUAGUUAACGUAAGUGAUCUGUUGGGGAGGAUGAUUGCAAUUUCCUAGUCAAGUUGGCUUAUGUUUUAAAAGAAGAGACAUUUUUCUUCUAGAAUAAUUCUAUUUGAUGCAACUGUGGAUGCACUCAUUACUCAUUAAAUAGGUGGCCUUUUGUACCACCCUUUGAACUCCAUUAUUCUUAUAAAGCCAAAAGUUCUGAAGAUUUGCCAUGUCUGGUUUUUUUAAAUCUCCUCAUCCUUUUCUUGGUUUACUAUGUUCCCUCCAGUUUCAGUGCCAAACUUUGAAAGCUAAGUGAACGAACUAAUAACUACGUGUGGUUUACAGCACAGCUGCUAGCAAACAAAUCUUACACUGGACCAAGAUCAUAGUAGUAGGGGGAAUGAAUGCCUGUUUCUUACAGCAAGAUAAAAGAUGCUGAAUUUAAACUGGGGGUGGAGGAGGAACAAAAUAGUGGAGUUGAUCACGCUUCUCACAGUGUGCAGGGGAAGAGGCUUCUCCGUCUCUCCCUGCAGGUCCUUUACUUCUCGCCUCAGCCUUUUAGUGAAAGGAGGUAAAAUGAUUAAAAUAGUUUUCAAAAUAGUUGCUGCAAAGGCUAUUCAAUAUUUGUAACAGCUAGGAAAGCCUGUAUACUUUGAAGCUGUAAUGGAAUUACAUACCUGAGGUGUAUUUCUUAUUCUGUGCCACGAUGCCACCUGUUGAACUGACAAAAAUUUAAACGUGAGUUAAAGAAGCUCAGUAAUGUUGCUCUCUCCCAAAUCUAGUAAACUGUUACUAAGCUAAUCCAAAUUACUAUGCCAAAUAGUCAAUUUGAUGCAAGUGCUUGCUCUGCAAUGUUUUUAAUGGAAUGGUGGAGCAUAGUAAAAAGAGCUUGAUUUUCUUUAGAUCUCUGAAUUUAAGGAGGUGUCAAGCAUUUUCUAAGUUGCAUAGAAAUGCUCUGCUCAGUGGAUAUAGUGAUGCAAGCAUGCUUUAACUCCCUCAAGUGGAGCCAGUUUUCUGUUCAUCUUCCUUUCCCUGUAAAGUUUGACAAUAGCACACUAUUUCUUUCAUUCAGGAUAUUUACAGCAAUACUACGUAUUUGCUAAAAGACACUAAGUAACCUACUUAGUUUGUUUCUGUGGCUAAUUUCUAGAGGAGAGUCUCUUUUGCUGGAUUAAAAGAGAUUUACAUACUUGGUAACAACUGCUUUUUUUGUACAAUUCCUGCAGAAAUGCAAUUAGUGUUACAACAGUGUCUUCUAGCCUUCUGCUAGGGGAAGUGCUUGAGUAAAUGGACAAAAACGAAAAGCAGAAGGCAUGUGCCAGUACGUGGAUACUCAGUACAGUGCUGCACCAUUGGUCCCUGUUGAAAUUAGUGGGAUUUCAUGCAGUUGUAGCAGUCCUGUCAAUGAUAUUAACUGCUGGUGUAGGACUUCAGACAAAUAACAUAAUAAUGGUUUGGUUUUGUUUUCCUCUAAUCCUGUAUAUCAAAAUUUGCCUUCCCAAAUAUCAUUUGCUAUUGCAAGAGCUUGGGUUUUGCUUAAGCUCAUAAACUGCCUUGGGCUAGAACUGUUUUAUAAAUCUUCUAAAGCCAAGCGAAAGGUACACUGCCAAGAGCCUUUUCUGUCCUGACCAUAGUAGAAUGUGGGGUUUUUUUGUUUGUUUGUUUGUCAUGGUUUUUCAGAGUGUUUGUUUGUUUGUUUUACAGCUGCUGUCUCGUUGCAGUGAAAUGAAAAAACAAACAUAUGGUAAUAUUAAGUAUACUCUUCCACAGCAAAACAAAAAGAAAACCUUAAAAAUGAAAGUUAGUGAUAGCUACAGCUUUUGUUUAGAAGCAGUCACUCAUUCAUUAAGGCAAAGCAAUGUUAUGUCACCCAGUUUAUCAAAAGGUUACUUUCUACUUAAGAAGCAGUCUGUAAAUUUAGGCUCUUUGCAUAGAAUACAAUUCUGUGACUUUUGUAUCUAAAGUAUCUAAUAUCAACUUAUUUUUAAUGCAGAAUUACUGCGGAGGGUAUGAGCCUAGUGAGGAUCCCUUUCAGUGUAAACUGUAACAGACUUAUAACAAAAAGUUGACCAUCAGGAUUUUUGAAUGGAACUGGCUGAAUUCCAACGCACAGCAAUCUGUAAGAGGAUUCUUAUAACUUAAAAAAAAGUUUUUUGAAACUUUAUGAAAUCAACAUUGCAACAGAUACUUACAGCAAGUUAAAACAAUGGAAAAAUAAAGCACUUCCAGGUACCUAGAAAGAAUAAUAAGUUUGUAUUCAUGGAUAUAGCCCAAAUCACAAACAAGACAUUUACAAUUGUUUUCUUUUGAAAUGAAAUUGGUUCCACUAAGUCUUGGAGUCAAGUCCUGCAAGCAGUCAAGUUUGUACCAUAAUUUUGCUGUUGUGGCUAUAGCUGGACAAAAAUAACCUUGUUUUUAAUUACUAUUGAUUUUAAGGAAGAUUUACAGCAGAGAUUUCCUGGUAUUUCUAAAACUAAGUAAUAACAAAUUCCUGGAACAGGGGCUGUGGUUGUGUUGUUUAACAGUCUCCAUGGGGUUUUUUGUUUGUUUUGUUUGUUUUUUCUGCAGGAACACUGCAUUUUUUAGUAAUAUAUUUGAAAUUACAUGUAAUUUCAAAAAGAAUGUACAUGUGUGUACAUUAGCUUAGCCAAUUCACAGCUAAAAUGACUCUGAAAUGCAUUUUUUAGAACACUUUCAAAGAGUAAAAUACUGGACAAAAGGAAUAUUCUCUGUUCUGUGAAUUACAUAUAUAAACCAUAUUAGUUUCAGCUUGCAUGUUCUUGAAAAACGUGAGUUCUAAUAUUUUUGAGCUUUUUCAAGCCUUUAAUUUGGCAGGUCCUUACAGGGAAUGAAACACAGGAUAUAAUGAAAAGGAAAGUGGUUUUUCAACUGAGAGAGAAACUUGGUUCUGCAAAGUAUGGGAUAUUCUCAUGAUAGAAGGACUAUUUUUAGUUAGAGCCCUUUUUAAUCAAUUCUGUUGAACUGAACGGUGAUGUGCUCCCCACUGAGUUUUGCAGCACCAUAAGGGUUCUGGAGAGGAGAAAAAAAAAAGCUGGAAGUUUGGUAAGGGUUAUCUCCAUUGGUAUUUACAUAUGAAGAAAGGCAAGACUCACCACUGUUGUGUUCACACUGUACUCACUGCGAACUUCUUGUGUAAUUUGAGUGCUUGUUGUCUUUGUACAAUUUUAAGAUUGUAUCUAACUUUCAAAAUAAAUUUUUUAAAAACAAA